CAAAUAAAUAGUAAAGGGGCGGCGGCGAUACUUCGAUCCCAACGCGUUUGCUCGCCUCUUGAUGGCGGACCCCGACAACACCCCGUGUGAGCCGCCUAUGGUCCGUCGCCGUCGCCGUCGCCGUCGCCGUCGCCGUCGCCGCCGCAGCUCAAUUGGACGCCGCCGUAAUGAUGUGCAGCAGCAGGAUGGCUCAGCGGAGGACCGCCUCACUUCCCUCCCCGAAGGCCUCCUCUUCUGCGUCCUCUCCUUCCUCCCCAUCAAGCAGUGCGUCGCCCUCUCGGCCCUCUGUUCCGACUUCCGCCGCCGCCUCCCUUCCCUCAUACCCCGACUCGACACCUUCAGCCUUUACGUCGUCGGCGAUGUCAUCCCCCAAGAGCACACCUUCCCCCGCGCCCUGAUCCGCCAAUGCCACAUCCGCUUCUCCGACGUCACAUAUUUAUCCAAACGCCCCGAGCGGCUGCUCGUCAAGGAUCUCGUCGAGUCGGGCGUCCAAGAUCUCACCCUCGAAUGCUCCAACGAGCAUUGGAUUAAUACCAGCUUCAGGAGAAAUUGCAGGUUCUUGGGCAUCAGGUCGCUGAGGAGUCUCUCCUUGCACAGAAUCACGGUCCGCCACCGUCCGCCAAUUGCCUGCACCCUUCUCACCUUCCUCAAAAUGGAAUAUUGCAGCCUUCUCGACCAUGAUUUCCUGUUCACCUUGCUCGCCUCCUGCCCUUUCCUCGAGACUCUGCAUUUCUUGAGUUGCCACAACUUAAACAUGAGCAAACUAAGCAUCCACUCCGCCUCCAUCAAGCAUCUAGUCGUAUUAUACAAGACUCUAAUCUUCCCCGCCAUCGACAUCCACUGCCCAAAGCUUGAGUCGCUCACCGUCAACACCACUGCGCUGCGCAUUGAAGCGCCCAAGGUCCGGAACGCGUCAUUACUGCUUAGCCUCAAUCCACAUGCAGAUCCUUCAAAUGCAUUGAUGGAGUUUCUCGGAACUCCUCCUUUUCGAACAGCUGUUUUUCAAAUGACGGCCGUUUGUCUCAUGCUGAAGCUGAAUUCUAGCACAAUCCCAAACAUAUUAGCAGCAGAAAAAGAACUUGAUAGAUUUAUUUAUCCGGAAAUCAAAGGGUACGCCGUGAUCUUCAACUUUGACUUCAAUCUGAAAGAUCAAUCAUCAUCAAUGAUAUUAACCCAGCUGCUCCAGGCGUACAAUGAUUAUAAUUCUGUGUUUGAUAUACAGAGCACCAAUGAAACUGUUGUUUCCGAGUACGCCGUGAUCUUCAACUUUGACUUCAAUCUGAAAGAUCAAUCAUCAUCAAUGAUAUUAACCCAGCUGCUCCAGGCGUACAAUGAUUACAAUUCUGUGUUUGAUAUACAGAGCACCAAUGAAACAACAAGGGUCGAUCACUUGCUUCAUGGCUCUACCGACGUAGAACUAAUUAAAUUACAAAUGAGAAUGCCCGAGAAGACGUUUGAAGGGUUUCUCUCGAAUCCGGAGAAGAUGGAGGAAUUAAAGCAAGUGGUAUUGCAAAAGCUGAGAAGUCGCACCAGCAGAGAGUAG